CGAGAAUGGGAAACCUUCCAUUUCUCCUAUUAUUUUGUGCAGCACUUUCUUCUGCUUUUCCUGCAAACACAAGGCACACAAAGGAAGAAGGCAUGCAGCUUAUCCAGAAGUACCUGGAAAAAUACUAUGGCUUUAAGAAAGAUGGGGAACCUUCUGUUUGGAAAAGUAAUAAUGCAAUGACCCAAAAACUAAAAGAAAUGCAGGAAUUCUUCGGGCUGGAGGUGACAGGGGAGCUGGAUUCUGGCACUUUGGACUUGGUACAGAAACACCGCUGUGGAUUCCCUGACGUAGCUGGGUUCUCCACCUUUGCAGGAGAGCCAAAAUGGACAAAGCAUGUCCUGACAUACAGGAUAGUAAACUACACACCAGACCUGCGUCCAGCAGAUGUCAAUGCAGCAAUCAAGAAAGCUUUAAGUGUUUGGAGCAGUGUGACCCCACUGAGAUUCAUCAAGAAGGACAGAGGUGAUGCAGACAUAAGGAUCUCCUUUGCAGCCAGAGGUCACAAUGACUUCAUCCCCUUUGACGGCCCCGGGGGCUCCCUCGCCCAUGCCUAUGCACCUGGAAAGGAUUUGGGGGGAGAUGCUCACUUCGAUGAGGACGAAACGUGGACCAAAAGCACAGAGGGCACGAACCUGUUUUAUGUUGCUGCCCAUGAGUUUGGCCAUUCACUGGGACUUUCCCAUUCCAAAGACCCCAAUGCUCUGAUGUAUCCAGUUUACAGGAAAUAUGACCCUUCAGUACUCCUUCUUCAUCAGGAUGAUAUUAUCGGUAUACAGUACCUCUAUGGAUCAUCUCUUAACACAAACAGUGAUCAAAGGGAAUCUACUGAGAUAAAAGAUCCAACUGAGUCAAAAGAUCCUGCGCUCCCAAACAGCUGCAGCUCCAAUUUAACAUUUGAUGCUGUCACCACCUUCCGUGGAGAAAUAAUGUUCUUUAAAGACAAGCAUGUUUGGCGCAAACACCCAGCAGUCAGAGCAGCUGAAUUUGAGUUGGUGUCUUCAUUCUGGCCACGGCUGCCACCUGGUGUUGAUGCUGCCUAUGAAAUUCCUGAAAGAGAUGAAAUGGUCAUUUUUAAAGGGAAUGAAUUCUGGGUUGUGAGAGGAGAUACCAUACUUCCUGGAUACCCCCAAAAACUCUCCACCCUGGGCUUUUCAAAGGGUGUUACCAAAAUUGAUGCUGCUUUUCAUAAUGGAAUUGAGGGGAAAACAUACUACUUCAUAGAGGACAAAUUUUGGAGUUAUGAUAAAAGAAGUCAGUCUAUGGAUAGGAAGUCAUUAGUGACAAGAGAUGCAUUUCCAGGAAUUAAUGGGAAGAUUGAUGCUGUCUUUCAACAUGAAAACUUCCUUUAUUUCUUCAGUGGAAGAAAGCAAUUUGAGUUUGACAUUGAUAAGAAGAGAGUUACACGCUUCCUAAAGACAAACUUCUGGUUUCCAUGUUAAGAAGAUGAAAUCUGGAAUGGUGUUGGAAAAAAUGUACUGUUA